GGGAAAUCGCUUGAAAGUUGUGUAGAUUUCGCCACAGUGUAUAUAAAUAUAUUUCGCUACUUUUCUGGUUGUAUGUGUACUCUUGUUUGGUGUCUUUAACCCCUCACUUUAAAUAUUUGAUUUUUAAGGCCAUAACCGGCCUUGAAAGUUAGGGCGCGCCUCGUAGUAUGCCUGAAAAGCAAGGCGUCAAUAAGCUAGAACAUCACAAUGUCGGAUAGCUUUUUUGGAUUUGACACGGCACAUAUGUCGGAUGAUGACCUUGGACCUCCUGACUUGGACGAUGACCGGUACAACAGCGAGACAUUCGGAGCCGACGCCGGUGAGUGGGAGGAGGACGACCAUGAGAAGAUCUCUGCCUACCUGGAGCGGGAGCGCUCCGUGCUCCACCAGCUGGGUAACGGGCGCGCACCGCUCUCCGUGGCCGCCGACCAGCUGCCGGGAGCCACCGACAUCGAGCGCGGACUCUCCAAACUGGUGACCGAUGACGAGCUCGACGACCCGUGCAUCAUGUCGGUGCGCCGCAGCAGCCGGCCGGCGGGCAGCGUGCCCAUCCCGCACCCGCAGUUCGGCCGUCCGCGCUCGCCGCCCAUCUCGUCCCUGCUCGAGUCAGACAUCUCUGGCUCGCCGUCUGCCAACUCCAUCUGGUCGACGACCCCCACCCGGCCGGCCAACGCCUUCGACGACCCGGCCAUCAUGUCGGUGGGCCGUCCGCGCGCGCCGCCGCCGGCCGCCCGGCUGCCGCUGCCCGCCGCCGCCAAGGUGCGCACCGUCGAGGAGCUCGAGCACGACCUGCUGGCGCGCUCGCCGGCGCGUCCCCCGCCGCCGCCGGGCUUCGGCCGCGGGCUGCCGCCGCCGCCGGCCGGACCGCCGCCGCCCAUGGACUUCAGCCGUCCGCCGCCGAUGCGCGCGCCGCCGCCGCCGCCGGGCGAGCAGUUCCGGCUGCCCAACACCCACCUGCCGCCGCCCAGCGUCACCUCCAUCCUGCCGCCGCAGCUCAUGAACAAAGACCGGGGUAGCGGCGGCGCGGGCCGCGGGCUCCCGGCCGGCCGCGGCACGCCGUCCCACCACCAACACCAACACCAGCACCAGCGGCAGCACCAGCAGCCGCACCAACAGCCGCAGUGGCGCCAGGACCAGGAGCGGCGCCGCCAGGACCCGUACGCCGGCCUGAUGACCUCGCGCGAGCGGCAGUGGCUGCUCAACAUCCAGCGCAUGCAGAUCAAGGGCAACUCCGACUACUACUUCCAGCACUUCAACUCUCGGAAGCUGAGCCAGGGCCGUCGCGACUCGCGCGGUGGCCACGGUCGUGACCAACACAAAGACCGGGACGACAAGCAUACCGACCAUCGGCUCUACAAGCCGCCAGAGAUGGAGAACUCGCUCGGAAAACUGCAGGUGGCCAGUGUGACGGCGCCGCGGAAGAUAAUCGACCUGGGCGUCAUCAACCAGGAGUCCGCUGACGGCUCGCGUGACCACAAGGAGGCCAAGCGCGACCGGCAGACGCUGCUGCUCAUUGAACAGCUGUACCACCAGGUGAUGCUGGUGGAGGGCGCCGACCGGCAGGCGGCCGGGGAGCCGGAGUCGGAGGCCGAGUCCGCUGAGCCGGCCGGACCGCGCCUCUCGCCUGAGGAGGUGCGAGCCGCCGCCAGCGGCCGGCUCUGGUCGGCCCUCAGCCGCGAGCAGCAGCUCGUCCACAUACUCGCCAUCAGAAAGGGCAAGGGCCUGGUGCUGCGCUGCCUGCCAAUCCUCAGCAGCCAGCAGUACUACCAGAUCGCACUGACGCUGCUCAAGCACCUGGCGGUCGUCCUGCACAAGGACAAGCUGGACAACAUGCUGCACAAGUUCUUCGUGUGCAUGCAGAUGGUGGUCAGUAACAGUGACCUGGCGCAGAUCACGGAGCUCACGGCGGCCCUCACUGCCUCUACGGAUCUGGACUCUGCGACGCCGGCCAAAACGCCGCUCCAGCUGGUCGCCUGCUCACCCUUCGGAGUCUCCGUGGCGCUGCUGCUGCUGCUGCGGGGUGACCAGCUGUGUCAGCAGCAGCCGACCUCCGGCGCCGCCGAGCGCUGGCGGCCCCUGGCGGCCGGCCUGACGCGCUGUCUGUCGGCGCUGCCGCAGCUGGCGCCCCCGCUGGAGCCCGUGCCGGCCGCGCUGCUGGCCAAACACGUGCCAGAGCCGCGCCUGGUGGCCCGCCUCGUCGGGGACGUCGGAGCCACGUGAGCGCCGCCCGGCCGGCUGUGAGACGAGUGACGGGGCGGCCGGUGCCGCGCGCGGCCGCCCGACCCACUCCUGCUUUGUUACCGAGCGUUUUAUAUGGCGAGUGAGCGAGCCGGCCGACGCCGGAGCCGCGGUCGGCCGGUGACACCCGCGAGGGAAUCCGUAUCUACAGAGAGGAGGAGCGUUUUGUUUGCCGACACGGCGUGUGCCCGUGGCCGGUGCUACUGGUUGUCGGCGGGCCUUGCCGUUCAGUUCCGUGCGGCGGCCGGCGCCGGGCCGGGCGGGCCGCCGACAGCGGCCGCCGGGUCCGGCGCCGGCCGCCUCCACCGUUCCGCGCGUCCGUGGCCGCGUCGGCCGGCGGUCGGCGCGGCCGGGCUGUAUUGGUUUGGCUCCUGGCGGCCGUCAUUGGUUUAGGCCGUACACGCGGACACGCUGGCAAUAAAUGGGUCGAUGGAUGGAUA